CAGAAUGGAAGAAAAGGAGAUAUUAAGUUCACUCUGGGGCUGAUACUCCGGGACUUCCACUAUCAGAGGAAUUGUGCAGCAGUAAACCUACUCUGUGCCAACCCCUUCCUUUGGGUGAUCAAAUGAGCCAUCACGUGGAAGAAAACUGCAAGAAAAGCAAUUCUGCCCAAGAAACAUCUGCAGAAGGAAAUGUCUCUCCUGCUAAGGACUGCUCAAUAACACAAAAACAAUUGCAACAACUUGAGAAACAAUUAAAAUGCUUAGCCUUUCAAAAUCCAGGACCUCAGGUAGCUGACUUCAAUCCUGAAACUAGAGAGCAGAAAAAGAAAGCACGGAUGUCACAGAUGAAAAAAGAUUUUUUUUAUAAGCCCAAAAUUACAAAGAAAUAUGACAAACAUGGCAGGCUGCUUUGUAAUAACAUUGAUUUGUGUGAUUGCCUGGAAAAGAACUGCCUGGGUUGCUUCUAUCCGUGUCCCAAAUGCAAUUCAAACAAAUGUGGACCAGAAUGUCGCUGCAAUAGGAAAUGGGUUUAUGAUACAAUUGAGACUGAAGCUGGGAAUGUGAUCAGCGUGUUGCCCUUUUUUGUCCCUGACUGAUUUUG